GGAUAACCUGGCUUCCCAUCGCGAAGCAACCAGAGAGGGAUUUACAGACAUCAAGGGAGAGAUUAUGGAAAAAGGGCAAAAUCCAACUGAUGGAUCUUGCUGUUUUGAACGCUGCAGGCCUGCGGGGCAAAGCGCAUCCAGCAUACCAACCUCUGCAGCAGUCAGUCAUGUGGUGAGAUUUGGAGCUGUGGUUCUUAUCUUUGGUGCAGUGUUCAUCCUGUGUGCAUCCGUGGCAGCUCUCUACCUGUGGAGAGUCAGUGAUAAGAAUGUUUAUAAUGGUCGCUACAGUCUGAACAUCAAUGGGGAGGUGAAGGAGGGCUCCAUGGAAAUUGAUUCUGACAACAAUCUGGAGAGAUUUAACACUGGGAGUGGAAGUGAGGAAGUCGUGGAGAUUCAUGACUUUCAAAUUGGAAUAACGGGAAUCCGCUUCUUCGGAGCAGACAAGUGCUACAUAAAAUCCCAAAUCAAAGCAAACCUUCCACUCAUGGGAGCUCACAACAAAGAUAUGCCGAUGUUUGACCUGACGGAUGAAUUAAUGCCUGUGAAGUUUGAUGAGGAGUUCCUCGUAUGGGUUGCAGCAGAGCAGCCGCUGAAGGACACCUCAUUUUUGAGCAGCAAAAUUCUUGAUCUUUGCGGCAAACUUCCCAUUUUCUGGCUCCAACCGACGUAUCCUAAAGAUGGGGAGAGGAAAAAGAGAGACGCACGGCGUGCCAAACGACAGUCGAACAUGGAGGAGACUGAGGAGUCGGCGGUGGAGGGGGAGAGUCGCUCGGAGCAGGUCGCCCCCACAGCUGCGGACACAGAGGAGUCAGGAGCGGGGUCAGCGUACAACCCUGAAAACCCCUACCUGCGCAGCGCAGGGGCCAGAGACGAGCGCGCCAUGACCUUUGACACCAUGUUAGACCACCAGGGAAUCUGCUGCGCGGAGUGCCAGCGCAGCUACACCCACUGCCAGAGAGUGUGCGAGCCGCUGCGCGGCUACUGGCCUUGGCCCUACAACUACAGAGGCUGCCAGGUAGCCUGUCGCGUCAUUAUGCCGUGUCGCUGGUGGGUGGCACGCAUUUUGGGGGUUGUGUAGCACGCCGAACUCUACAUUUUUUCUUUUUCCCUCCUCCCCCAAAAGUCUGUAAUCUUCCCUCUCCUAUUUCAAGAGAUAUAUUCAUUUCCAUGGUAAAUACUGCCGGAACGCUUCGCCUGAUAGCGUGAUGUGUAGAUGGUGGAAUAUGAUUAUGACUACAACUGUGACAGAUUUUCAUAUUUAUAGGCAUAUAAAUAUUCAUAUUCUCACAGUAAAAUUGAAAUACAUAAUUGUCACAUUCUUCCUUUGCAGCGACAGAUUCCCAAAUGUGCGUCCUUCAUGUUUGCAUUUUGAUGCUGAGGUUUCAUGCGCUGUACAGUUUUUUUCCGCUAAAGAUGUGGGACCGGAUCCAAAUUCUCAGCAGAUCAUGUACCUUUUUCUGGCUGAGCAGGCUUAAAUAA